UUAGACCCUUUACUCUGUUCACGGUGAGAGACCCUGAUAGUGCUGCUCGCUAAAAGGGCCUUGAAUAAGAGCCUCAAUUAACAGCGCUAACCCACUGCCACUGCAGAUGUCUUCAGCAAUGACCGCUGCGCUCAGACUGCAGACUGUCAACAUGGGACGGAUGCAAACCAUCAGACGGUGCAUGACAAGUGGCGCAUGUGCUUUUCCCGCCAGGAACAACACCAUCACCAAGUCCUCGAGCUUCAUCCCAGCCACAAACACGAACUGGAUCCGGGCCCAACACACUGCUGCCGUUAACGUCAACACCAUGAGACCUCAAACCGAGUCGUCCACCACCGCCACAAUGACUUCUUCCUCUACUCAAAAAUCAAACGAGUCCUUCUCGACCACCGCCAAAACAGAACAAAUGGAAAUCGACCACUUCCGCUCCAUCCCCUGGGUCGCCAAGCACCUGUCGCAACCACACCUAAUCAUCAGCCAAGCCGACUCCCGCCGUCCCAAGCCCGGACACGGCGACACUCUGCUUUCGCACACCCUCAACAGCCAAGAUGCCAUAUCCGCCUACAUCACCAUCAUCCAGCAGCCCCAGCCCCAGUCGGGAGAAAGACUCGUAACAGAAAUGCUCUCCUUCCUCACCCUCGGCUCCCAACUCAACGGCUGGCCCGGCGUCUGCCACGGCGGCAUCGUCAUGAUGAUUUUGGAUGACGCGCAGGGGCAGCUGUUUACGCAGAACAAGAAGCAGAAGUUGAUGAAGGAUGUCCCGCUCAUGACGGCCUAUCUGAAUCAGACGUUUCUUAAGCCUGUUAGGACGCCGUGCACGAUCAUGGUUAGGGCCAAGAUUACCAAGGUCGAGGGACGCAAGCAUUGGAUUCAGGCGGUGAUGUUGAGCGAGGAGGGGGAGGAACUGGCGAGGUGCGAGAGUAUGUUUGUUAUGUUGAAGAGUAAUCUUUAGACGAGGAGGGGGGAGAGGAAGGAGGACUUGGUUGGAAGAGGGGGA